AUGGAUACCAACCGCGUGCAGCCUAUCAAGCUGGCCAGAGUCACCAAGGUGUUGGGCAGGACCGGUUCGCAAGGGCAGUGCACGCAGGUGCGUGUGGAGUUCAUGCACGACACGAGCCACUCCAUCAUCCGCAACAUGAAAGGGCCCGUGUGCGAGGGCGACGUACUGACCCUGCUGGAGUCAGAACGAGAGAAAUAUAUGAAUCAGGAUGAUAUGUAUGACAUAUUAUCUUAUCCCAGCAACAAAACCAUAUACUCUGUAAACCUUCACAGAGGAUCAUUGGAUUUUACGCUGAAGGGACCCUUGGUCCCCCAAGAGACAGAAAAACCUAGGAAGGAAGUGCAAAUGGAGGUGUUCCCAUCAGAGUUGAGGUUUGUGGACGCAUUGGUGGGGAAAGUGUACCGCCUCCCAAUUACUAUACACAACCAAGGUUGCUGGAACCAGAAGAUACGCUUUCAGGAGCCUUUCAAUCCACAGUUUAAACUGCUUUUCGACAGUCGUUUUGAUAAAUUACUUGCUUCAGGACUUCAAGUGACGGCAACAGUGGAAUUUCGCCCUGAUAAAAAUGAAGAUAUUUCUGAUAGACUACUUAUUUUCAUAGGAAAGAAAGUAAUAGAAGUCCCUAUAGUGGGGCUGGCUCCACGUUGUAACUUGGAUAUUGGGCCAGAAGUUAAUUUUGGCACACUGGUUGCCAAUAGUAAAGUGCAUUGUAAAGAGAUUACUGUCAUGAACCAUGGAAAAGCUCCAGGUGUGUUUCACAUAGUGUAUGAUGGUGAAUUACCCAUUGUUAUUUUCCCGAGGAGCGGUACUGUGAAAGCUCUAUCUUCAGAAGUUGUUAAAGUAGAUUUCUGUGCUGACCACCCAAGAACUGUGGACGAGGUGGUAAGAGUGAGUUUGGAAGGUCGUCAGGAUGCACUCUUGCAUAUCAAAGUUGAUGUGGUUGCACAGAUUAUUGAACUGUUACACAUAAGUGGUGAAAGAAAAAUAGACUGCAUCAAUUUUGGUUCCACCUUCUUCGGGACAUCAAAAAUUGAGCAUGCGCUCCUGUAUAAUAAUAGCCCAGCAUCAAUAAAUUGGGUGGCCAUAAUGCAAGAUGAAGCUGUUGGAGAAGAAAUGGGUACAAAUAUUCAACAAAGAACAGACAUUGCUUUAAACAACUUGAGCCACCUAAACAAAAUAAAGAACAUGGAUGUCACUUCUUUUAUGUCAUGUAUGCCUAAUGAUGGAACUUUAUUACCUUAUCAAAAGAUCAAAAUUACAUUUUGCUUUACCCCAAAAAUUAUCCCGGAUAGCACAAAGGAUGGGGAUCACUCUCAUAGGCAAGAUUAUGCUUUCUUUAUGAGAUUUGAAUCUGUAGGAAGUAAAGAUGGAUUUCUAAGAGAUGAAGACGAUAUUGUGAAUAAAUAUGAUCGAUUUCAGAAAUUGGAAUUAGCAUUGAGCGGUUCAGGGCUUCCAGUCGCACUACAUUUUGAUAACGGAAAUGUCUUCCAUUUUCCACCUUGUGCUAUGGGAGACCAAUCAAAGAUUCAGACUGUUCUACGUAAUCUAUCUAAAUAUCUCCCUGCUAAGUACUAUUUUCAAAAAACUGCACAAUUUAAAAUUCAUCCUCAAAAGGGAGAAAUUGGUGAAGGAUGUAACCAGGAUGUAAUGUUUUCGUUUACUCCGCAUCAAAUUGGAUCCUUUAAAGUGAAGCAAGUAGUAGAGGUUCAUGGAUUGGUAGUAGAUGAACAUUGUCAAUCAUUGAAAAUGAAACCAUUUCAUUAUAUAUAUUUAGAUUUCUAUGGCACCUGCAAAGGUGUUGCCAAGAAAGUUGUGAUGAAACUCAAUCCUGGCAUAUCGCCAUUGAUAACUAAUCCAACAGGACAAUUUGUAAUUGAAGAUUUUGCAAAAGACAAAGCCUCUACACGUGUUGCAAUGCUUCAGUCAGCUGCAACAGAUAUUCAUAUUCACAAAGCAAAUAAAAAAGCAGUGAGUGAUGAAUUGAUAGCUUUUCCCAAUGAUCGUGCUGCAAGUAUCAAGUCUGGAGAACGAGACAAAUGUUUCAGGACAAUUUUCACAAAAACACCAAGAUACAAUUAUUUGGAUCCUGAUUACGCAUUUAGUGAAACAGAAGAAUUAAAAAAGAAAGAGCAUAAAAACUACUAUGAAACGUACUUAAAAGAUUUAAGAAAAAUGCGCCUGGAAGAACAAGAAGCAAGUUCCCAGGUUCUCUAUUCUUAUGAGGAUGUAGACUUAGACUCAGAAGAAGAAUCACGUCUCACAUCUCCUGAACUAACAAUAGCAGACAUAGAAAUGAGUGAACCUUUAGUACAAGAACAAACUAAUGAUGUUAAUAAGUUGCUCAGUACCAGGGAAAUUUCCGUCAAGGAAACCAAGUGCCUGGAAAGAAAGAUUUCUGAAGAUCUUAAAUCGAAACCAUUAACAUCGAAAGAAAAAGAAGAUUGUCGCAUACUUUUAACAUCAAAACAAAUUCAUCAAGUAAUCAUUGGGCCCUCUGUCCUUAACUACGGUGAUAUUUGUGUGAACUCUACAAAUACAAAAUCAAUACAUAUGAUUAAUAUGCUACCUACAUUUGUGUUCAUCCAAUUUGAUAUUAAUUUUCCAGAACUUCAGAAGACCAAACAACUUUCAUAUGUGAUCCCACCUACAAGCAGUGCUUAUGCUUCCAUAAUAUUUGAAACACCCAUACUUGGAAAAUUUUGGAAGUCUUUUACUUUUACAGUAAAUAAUGUACCUGGUGGACACAUCUUAGUGAUGGCAGUUAUUCUACCAGUAAAGCUGGAAAUAUCUUCUAAUGAACUGGAGUUGAGACCACAUGCAUUUUCGGUGAAAGCAUGUUUUAGGGAGACGGUUAGGUUGUAUAAUCAUCAGAAUUAUUUUGCUCAAUUUAGUUGGGAACCUAUGCACAAAGAAGACUCAGCAUUUACCAUUUUCCCUACUACAGGCACUGUCGAAGCGUUCUCCUCUUUGGAGUGUGAAGUAAUAUGGGAGCCAAGUUUCAGUUCUCCAGAGAAAGAAGAAUUUGUACUUCAUGUUCAUGAAGGAAACACAUUGACAUUAAAAUGUGUUGUACAUGUAAUUAUGACCUUUAAAUAUUAUUUUUGUUUGAAGAGUUAUAAGAUGACUGGUAUUACCAAGGUUGUAUGUGUGCAACCAAGAAUACUGUUCAUUCGCUGUCCUCAAGUGGAAUAUACAUAUCCUGAAUCCCCUUACAUAUAUUUUAUAGAAGUAGAGGGAAAUACAUCAGUGGAAUGUGGAAUAGGAUUUUCACCCAAAGACGUGAAAACCAUGGAGUUCAUGUUUCAUGUAAGAGUUAAUUUCAUGGAUGCUUCAGAAAAUUUUCUUAAAGCUAAUUCAGAUUCUCCACCACCUCAAAAGAGAGAGCCACUUCUCCCUCCGUGUUAUGUUCAGGCUACUGUAUUGCAGUUACCCCUGCAAGUAUCCAGUACUGAAUGUGUGUUUGAAAUUCCUUUACCUCUGUUUCAGUUUUCUAAAAAAGUCACAAGAACUCAGGAUGCUAUUCCUGAAAUUCCAUCAAUUUUAAAUCUUUGGGGAAAAAUUAGCUCUCUGAUGUUGAGGGAUUCAAAAAUAAAUGUCCAGAUCGUCACAAAGACACUCAGUCAAGAUAAUGAGAAUAUCCCUCUUACUGUAUCGUUUCCAAAUGGCAACUUUAUUGAAGGCUCUUGCAAGGGAAUUAAUCCCAUGCUUACCUGCCAGCUUAAGUUUACACCAUUUAAACCUGUGUCAUUUUUUGUCCAUAUCCUUUUUGGGGACAACAGCAAUAACUGUUUCCAGAGUCAAACAAAAACACUCUUGAUAAAAGUUAUUUCCACACCUCCUCAGUCUACCUAUGUUCUCUUAGUGACGUCUGGAUCUGAGUUCUUUGUGCAAUCUAAAGAAGGUAUUGCAAUCACAACCAUUGGUGAUGAAAACCUCUAG